CCCCGGCGCCCGCCGGCCCCCGAGACCAGAAUGGUGGUGUUCAGUGGGUCUUUGAAAGUGAAGAUCGGGGAGGCGGUGGGCUUGAAGCCAACACGAUGUGCCUUGAGACAUUCCAUCUCCAGCAAAAACUACCAACUCCUGGAUCCUUACGUGAUCGUCAAAGUGGACAACCGGCGGAUCGGACAGACCCUGACCAAACAGAAAACCAACAAGCCCACGUUUAACGAGGACUUCAACACUGAGAUCUGCAAGAGCAGUGAGCUGGAGUUGGCCGUCUUUCACGACACCCCCAUUGGCUACGAUGACUUUGUAGCUCAUUCCACCUUGCAGUUUGAGGACCUGCUGAAAAAUGGCACCACCACUUUCGAAGGCUGGAUUGAUUUGGAGCCUGAGGGCAAGAUUUACAUCAUGGUCGAAAUGAAGGACGUUUCUUGUGAAGAUCCAGACGUGCAAUUGGUGAACGGUUCAAAUGGGAGAGCAUUUAAGGAGCGGAUGUUUUCCAGAAAACGCCAGGGGGCAAUGAGGAGGAAGGUUCACGAGGUCAACAACCAUAAAUUCAUGGCCACCUACCUGAAACAGCCUACAUACUGUUCCCACUGCAAGGAAUUCAUAUGGGGAGUCUUUGGGAAGCAAGGAUACCAGUGUCAAGUGUGUACGUGUGUGGUGCACAAACGUUGUCACCAGUUAAUUGUCACAGCCUGUCCUCGGAUAAAGAAACAGAAGAAAGAGGAGGCGUGUGAGCAACGAUUCAGCAUCAACGUUCAUCACCAGUUCUGCAUCCGUAACUACAAAAUGCUCACGUUCUGCGACCACUGUGGUUCUCUGCUGUAUGGACUGUUGAAGCAAGGAAAGCAGUGUAAAGUUUGUAAGAUGAACAUUCACAUCCGGUGCGAGAACAACGUGGCCCCAAACUGCGGGGUCAACUCAGUGGAACUGGCCGCGAGGCUGGCCGAGAUGGGGCUCAGCGCUGGCGGCAUUUCCACCUUGAAACGAAAAGCCAAGAGUCUGAGCCAGAAGCUUCAGGAGGAGAGCCCGCCACCCAUCGAGCAAGGAGGGAGCAGUGAGGAACAGCAACGGGUACAGUGCAAGCUGGGCAUCGAUGAUUUCACCUUCAUCAGUGUGCUGGGGAAAGGCAGUUUUGGAAAGGUGAUGCUGGCUGAACGGAAAGGCAUGGAAGAGGUGUACGCGGUGAAGAUAUUGAAGAAGGACAUGAUUCUCCAGGACGAUGACGUAGAGUGCACGAUGACCGAAAAACGCAUCCUAUCCCUGGCCAGGAACCACCCGUACCUCACACAGCUCUUCUGCUGCUUCCAGACUCCGGAUCGGAUGUUUUUCGUGAUGGAGUAUGUAAACGGUGGGGACCUGAUGUUUCAGAUUCAGCUGGUCCGGAAGUUUGAUGAAAUCCGUGCCCGUUUCUAUGCUGCGGAGAUUACAUCAGCUCUCAUCUUCCUGCACAGUAAGAAAGUCAUAUACAGAGAUCUGAAACUGGAUAACGUCCUCCUGGAUUCCGAGGGUCACUGCAAACUGGCUGACUUUGGGAUGUGCAAGGAGGGAAUCCACAAUAACUACACAACUGGGACGUUCUGUGGCACUCCAGACUACAUAGCACCCGAGAUUUUGCAGGAACUGCAGUACGGUGCCUCUGUGGACUGGUGGGCUCUCGGGGUGCUGAUGUACGAGAUGCUUUGUGGUCAGCCACCGUUCGAGGCUGAGAACGAAGACGACCUGUUCGAAUCCAUCCUCAACGAUGACGUCCUUUACCCAAACUGGAUGGCGGAAUCGUCGCUCGCUAUCCUGAAGGGCUUUAUGAUUAAGAAUCCCAACAAGCGUUUAGGAUGUGUCAUAGCACACAGUGGGGAGCAAGCCAUUCUGAUACACCCGUUCUUUGAAAGUAUUGACUGGGAGUUACUUGAACAGAGGAAAAUCAAACCGCCUUUCAAACCCAGGAUUAAAACGAGUAGAGACGUAAAUAACUUUGAUCGAGACUUCACCACGGAGAAGCCUGUACUGACGCCGAUUGAUGAGUCCCUGGUCCUUAUGAUUAAUCAGGACGAAUUUAAAGGAUUUUCAUUCGUUGCCGAAUGAGUGCUUGCCUGAGUUAUGAACCUCUCUAAAUCCUUCAGCAAGCGGAACAAUUCAGAACUGGUUCAAGUUUCAAUCCUAUUCAGAUCCACCUGAAACAAACUGAAUGACUCGCUCUCUCUGGGUGACGAUGUUUUAAGCAACAUAGAAAGUGUGUUCAAUCUCUCAGUACAAUAGUGUGUAAAAUUGCUGAACUGGGAACUGGCAAGACAUUUAUAUUAUUGGGUCCUACAGUCACUCUUCCUUCCUUUGCUUUGUGCAAGUAAAAAUAAAAUGGUGUCACCUUUGUCUAUUGUCUCAUCACCGAUGUCUUGUCUCGGUAUCAGAACUGAAAGCUGUUAUGAGGUUGCUGUUUACAAAAAAGUAUUGUGUUCUGAGGUCAUUAUUAAAUUAUAAGUUUGUUCUGUAGAAUAUAUACCAAGGUACUUGUCAACUCUGCAUUAGAGACCUGAAAUCAAGUUGUUAUGAGUAGGGCUUUCUGCACUUCCAUCUACUGUACUAGAAUUGACUAUCUUCCUGGCCAUAUGCUCCAUUCAGAAACCUGUGUGUUCAUUUCUUCUCUGUGUCGGAUGGGAUUAAUUAACGUGCUCUAGUCUUGCAUUGUGGUUUGCUGAGUGCUUGAAGCAAUGUUCUAAUGUGUAACAGAGAAAUUUAGCUGUGGCAUGUUUUGUGUGUAUAUAAGUUGCAGAUGUUGGCAAAUUUUGUAUUAUAAAAAACAAAAAAAGACA